AUGUUGACACCAACAAGGAUGAUCAAUCGAAUGGCUUUUCAAUCUGCCUCUUGCCAGACCCGGCAUAUUGGAUCGUUUAUACGAACUGUGCUGUGCAUCGAUCCUCCUAAUUCUCCAGAUGACCCCACUCCGGAGAACAGAUUUCAUCCUUGGGAAAGCUCCCCGUCAGCUCAACUGAGAGAAAGAGCUGCCACAAUCAGAGCUAAAGCGUUGUGUCCAGUCACUAGUAAGGAUAUUGAGUUUACUUGUCCCUACUCGGGAAUUCCUACACAUCAUUCCAAAGAAGCUUGGGAGCAAGAUCAAGAGUACCAUCAAUCACACCGUUACAACAUUUUGAAGAAAGUUAAUAUAUACGAACAUGAUCUGAGAAGCGGACGACAAUUCCCAGAGUUUGAUUUCCCUCAAGAACAGCAUCCUGAUAAGAUCAUUAAUCUAACAAGUUGGGACACCUAUUUUUACACCAGAGAAUUCUUCUCUAUGGACACCGAGUUUCAAUUGGCGGCAGUUACAAAGAUGUUGAGUUAUCCGAUGACUAUUGCCUCUCUUUUACAUCAAUACUCUCCGUACUUGUUACAGCCGAAGGGUCCCGUCACUUUAGAAGGUCUAAAAUCUUUGGCUGCUUUGCGUUAUACUCUCUACCCAGAAAGUAGAUCGUCACCCUUGAAAGACAGACCUAUGAGAUUUUUUAUUCUGGGAGCAAGAGCUGAAUCUCAACUUCCUGGCCACGUUUGGAAACAACUUUCGUAUCUGUUUCCUGAAACUUCUUUUGAGUUGCAUUUCAUUGGCCCCGAAUGUCUGUACGAUAAGGAUAAGUCUCAAUACGUCUAUAACCCCAGACCAGUUGUCCAGAGAUAUGAUGAGAACCUUUGUUAUGUUCACCAUACAGAAUAUUUCCACACAUUGCAUGAGGCUCAAGACUUCUUUCCAUAUGACCCAUACUUAGACUGCUUUUUCUUAUUCCACCCUGGUCUCUCUUCCAAAGAAGCCAAUGAUCAGUGGAAGAAAUCAAUCCCAGGUUUGCUGGAUUCCAAAUGUGCAAUUUUUGUUACGGGAUAUCAUCAACAAGAUAUCGAUAACGAUUAUGAGUGGUUGUUGAACAACUACGACAAAGAUUUGGAUAUUUUGUUUGAAAAGAGAUCUAACCUAUUUGGUUCCACUAAAUGGGAGCUAAAUGACCUUAACCCCCAAGAGGUAUUCCAGUUUAACCAGCAGAUAUUUGGCUUUAGGGGAAAGAGAUAUCAUGCUACUAAGACAUAA